CUCCCCCGUGGCGCCCGCCCUGCCGCCCGCCCGGCGCUCGGGAACCUGCCACCGCACAGCCCCGCUGCUUCCCCGCGCCCCGGCAUGAAGGGCCCCCUGUUCGGAGCCAUGUUCUCCCGGCACGUCAAGCGGCACCCUGGCCUCGUCCCGCUCAUUGGCUUCAUCAGCGUAGGCCUGGGCAGCGCUGUCCUGUACCUGCUGCGGCUGGCCCUGUACAGCCCCGACGUCAGCUGGGACCGGAAAAAUAACCCUGAGCCCUGGAAUAAGCUGGGCCCCACGGACCAGUACAAAUUUAUGGCAAUUUCCACGGACUACAAGAGCCUCAAGAAGGACCGUCCCAGUUUCUGAGCUGCCAUGUGGAAGGGGCUCCCGCGCCAGCGGGGGGUGGGGGGGGUGGGGGCACUCCCAUGCCCACUGAGCCCCUGCUGCUUCGCCCCCCCGCCGGUGCCGCUGGCCCCGCAGUGCUGCAGCACACGCCAUCACCUGCACACAGGCUUGAGCACCACCCCCCCCACCCUUCCCCCGGCACCCGCAAACCAUGGGGCUGUGCACCCUGGCAAUAAACCAUGUCAUGCCAGGAGCGCUGGGACCCCCCCCCCCCCCCGGCCCUUGCCAGUAAACCCGCGCGCUUGCUUCUUGCAUGGAGCCACAGCCCUUGGGCAGGGAGUGAGCACCGGGGGGGGGGGGGGGGGGCAGCAGGCACUGCUCUCGCAGCUUGCAAAAUUUCCAUAAAACUCACAGGACUGUAAUAAAGCAUUGGCGGGGGGGGGGUGAGGCCAGGAAAAUAUAUUAUAUAAACUGUU